UUAGCUUCAUUGGACCGAUCGAUGCACCCUUACUCUUAACCCCCGCCUGGCGUUCUUUCUCGUUUUCUUGUUUCAAUCCGGUGAGGAGAUCAGAUGAUGAGUGAGUGAAGGAAGGAGCAGAUCAGAGGAAUGAUGGAUGCGAAGGCAGCGUUGGAGCAGAUCAAGUGGCGCGGCACGGCGAGCCGGGUGGUGAGCGCGCCCAUCGGCCGCGUGUGGGAGCUGGUGUCCGUCACGUCUCGGCUGCGCGAGUGGAUGCCCAUGGUGGAGUCGUGCACCGCGGUGGCCGGGGAGGAAGGCGUGCCGGGCUACGUGCGCCUCGUGUCCGGUGGCCUCAUGUUCCCCCAGCAGCUGCAGUCAUCCGACGACUCUGACCAGCCGCCGCCGCCGUCGUGGAUCAGGGAGAGGCUGGUCGCCAUGGACCACGCCUCCCAGUCCUACACCUACCAGAUGGAGGACGGCAACGUCGGCCUCGCCGGCUCCCGCAACACCCUCAGCCUCUUCGACUACGGCGACUCGGCCACGCUGGUGGUCUGGAGCUUCGAGAUCGACCCCGUGGACGGCGCCAACCAGGACGCUCUGCUCGACUACCUCCGCAUCCUCUACAAGUCCUGCAUUGACACCAUCCCUUCUUCCUCCUAGAGCUAGUGUUAUGUGUGAAUGUGAUGAUGCAGUGCAGAGACAGAAUAUUCACAUAGUCACGUCAUACUACCUCCGUUCUCCGUUCCUUUCAACUUAUGCUACAGGCUUUGGGGGUC